AAUUUAGCCAAACUCCAAAUUGUAGUGUCUUAAACUGCAUUGUGUAAUAAUAAUAAUAAUAAUAAUAAUAAUGCAAUAAUAAUUAUUUUUCAUCACUCUGUGUGUGUGUGUGUGUGUGUGUGUGUGUGUGCUGAGUGCAGCAGUUCAGUCUGUGCGAGCGGAAAACAGCAGCUUUGUGUUUCACUUUGAUGUAAAAGGGUAUGAAAAGAAAAAGGUGAAGACAGGAGCACACGUGUGUGUGUGCGCGUGUGUGUGUGUGUGUGUGUGUGUGUGUGUGAUGGCCUGAGGUGAAACGUUAGUACAGUGUUCAGAGUGUGAUGGACUUUCAAAGAUGCAGCAUCUCUGCUUUACGCUCUAUGGGCUCCUGGCUUCCUGCCUCUGUUGUUGGGUACAAACUGUUACGUGUGAACUUCCUGCAUUAGCACCACAGACCCACAGUUAUGUAGGUAGAAAAUGUUCCAGUGAUGGUUUUUUCGUGAGUCAGUCUCCAUCCACAGUCACGCUGAGGAGAAGAAGACCAGUUCAGAUCACCUGCAGCUGGAACAUCAGCAUCAGUGGAGUAAAAGUGACAUGGUUUAAAGGCAAUCAGAAAGUUGAAUUUAAGCAAACUGAUAAAUUCACAGAAACCAACAACAACAACACCAGUUCAACAUUAGUUAUAAAAAACACUGAUAUAAAUGAUGCAGGGUUUUAUAUUUGUCAAGUUGUACAGGACAUACCUCGCCUGGUUGCGGUAAACGGAACGGGGACAAAUGUUACAUACGAGAGGGAAUAUGUAAGUGGAACGAGUACAACUCAAUGUGGAACAUCAACAACUCGGCCAAUCACAGAGCUGCAGAACACACCACAACAGCCAGUAACGCUGCUGGUGGCAACUUUAUCCAGUGCCGUGGUCUUUCUGUCCAUCUGUGUGUGUCUGAGUGUGUGGAGGAUGAAACGAGGCUGCAAACAAUCAGAGAGAAUGGUGAUAAGGGAGGGGCCUCCGAGUGAAGGGACCGAGCCGGAAAACAGCGAGGUUGGAGGGAGCUCAAGGACGUCCAGAGGAUCCACACAAUGGUAUAUGGUUCCUGUGUACGAGUCCUACUUCGAUCUGCAGAGGAGUGACAAGGAGGAGUGUGCAGACUCAGACAACACCGCGUGUGCUUCAGCUCUCAAAUGAUCAUGCAGAUAACGAUGAACAACAGGAAGUACAGUCAGAAACCCCAGCUGCGCUGGAAAUGACAGAUAGAGUUAAAGAUGCUAAUGUUGUUUUUUGUCAGCAAAAUGUUGGUCAUUUCCGUGGAGUUCACAGCGAGUAAUGGGUUUUGUGUCAUAAAUCCGUUUCAUGAGCAGAACUUUGCAUCGAAUUCAACUUUGCUCGCAGGGAAUUCGCAUCAUCAUCUUCCAACAGCUUCGACUGUGUUCAUCUCUGAAAAGGAGGUCCUUUCAUCCAGAAUGGAGGAACCACUCAUUUUAUUACAGUGCAGAGUUUAUCAAACACAGUCAGUCAUACGCUGUUGUUUUCUUUUCUUUCUUUUUUUUUGUUUAGCAAAGUUUAGCAAUUUAGCAAGACAGAUAGAUUGCUAAAAAAAAAAAAAAAGCCACCAAGAGGUACAAGUCUUUCCAAGAAGCUGGUACGGUAUAGCGCUGUUCAAUUCACUUAGCAACGUUUCAUUGCAUUUACAAAGUGUGUCAAACCAAAAUUAAUAAAUAACCACAGCUUAACUGCUAAGUCACCGCUAGCCUUUUUGCUGCAAUGCUAAUUUUCAAGUCCUGUCCCUGUUUUGCAAGAUUUCCAGCAUAUUAGCGUGUAUUAUAUGGUUUUAAAAAGUAAAGGGAAGCUAAUUAAGCAUUUAAGCCCAGACAUUAAGUCUCUCUUUCUUAUCCUCACCAUCUUCUUGCUAACAAGUCUAACCAUGUAGCGCAUGCAGUGUGAGCAUUUCUGUGGUAGUGUUUGAUGUGUGUUAGUGCUGAAGUGUUUUAUCUAUGUAAAUCGUGUGUGUGUGUGUGUGUGUGUGUGUGUGUGUUUUCUAGCUGAGGGCAAUGUGCUUCUCGGUAACCUAAUCCACUUUCUCAUGAUAAUAGCAUUCAUUACAUUGUGAUUGAGAUAAGAGACUAAAGUGUAUAUCUGUUUUUAUUAAAUAAAUGAAUAUUUAAAUACAAAUGAUUUUGGGUCUGUUUUGACGUGUUUAUUUCUGUAGUAGAAGCUCAGGUGGUAGAAGCUCAGGUGUAAGAUGUCACCUGCAACAUGAAAGAUCUUAGACACUGUUGAAUAAUUUUGGAUAAUUUGCAUAUUGCUUAGUUAUUAUUUCGAUUGUUU